UUAUUAAAAGUUUUAACUAUAUUAUUAUGUUUGAAAAAUGUAAUAUUGUUACAUAAAAAUCUAACUACUACUACUACUGUUAUGAAAAAUGCAAAGUCUACAAAUAAUCAAAAUAAUUUACUAUAUAUUUGUGGCGGUAUUGAUGACGGCUAUGGAUAUCAAUCAAAUUGUUAUCAAUAUAAUCAACGUACAGGUGUUUGGCUAACAAUUAAAUCAAUGUCUACUGUACGGGCAAACUAUGGUUUAGUAUCCUAUGAAAAUCAAUUGUAUGCAAUCGGUGGUUUGAUUGAUACAAAAACUUUAAACACUGUUGAAAAAUAUAAUCAACAAACAAAUCAAUGGCAAUCAGUAGCAUCAUUAAAAAUAACAAGCGGUUUUACAGGUACUGCUGUACUAAAUGAUACGAUUUAUGUUUGUGGCGGUUUUAACGAUAUAGAUAACUAUCUUAAUGUAUGUGAAUAUUAUUCCGCAAAUAUUAUGGAUAAAUGGUUUACAACAACAACACAUAUGUUGACUAAUAGAUCGGCACUGGAAUUGGUAGCCCAUAGUAGUAGUAGUAGUACUGGCGAUGGCGGCUAUCUGUAUGCUAUUGGUGGGGCAAAUGAUACAGGUGCUCAAAAUAUAAUGGAAAGAUAUGAUCCCGUAGCUAAACAAUGGCAACCAAUGGCUAAUAUGCAAUCAUCUAGAUAUUAUUUUGGUUCAGCAUCAUUUUUGGGCAAAAUAUAUGUAUGCGGAGGUUUGGGUAGUAGUGAUGCGGGAAAAACAUGUGAAUCUUAUGAACCGAAAACAAAUCAAUGGACACCAAUUGCAUCAAUGAAUCACCAGAGAUAUCAAUUUAAACUAAUAGUUUUUAAUGAUAUUUUAUACGCUAUGGGAGGAGGUUAUCCGGCUACUGAUACAAUAGAAAUUUAUGAUCAGGUAGUAAAUGAAUGGUAUAAUUUAAUGCACCUACCAGUAAAACUAAUUGGACUUGGGGCUGCUGUAAUAACAACAUAAUUAUUUAAUUGGAUAUUAUUGG